GAGAGUCGCUAGUAUAAACAACGAUUUUCUAAAUAAUUUUCAGUAGUUUUUGCCGUAAAACUUGAAUAUACCUUCAGAUCUCGUUUUUUCAAAAUAGUUAAAUAAUAGUUCAAUACUUUUUCGAAGCUGUAUGAGUUUGAGAGAAUGGAAUCGAUGAUAACUUUUCUAUUCCUUCUAGUGGUUCUACUGCUCGGAUUAGACAAUGUACAUUCCCAAAGAAUUAAGGACAACAUGUAUACACCGAUCAGUGGGGCACAUUGCUUUCGACGGUUAAAUGGGACCCACGUAACCGGGUGCAGUUCGCAGUUAGGUGGAUCGGUGGGCGUUUUGCACUUCAUCCGCUCGGAGGCCGACAUCGAUUUCGUGGUGCGAAAACAUCCGGCACCACCGUAUGCUCCGGUCCUGGCACCGCAUCUGUUUACGCGGGAGAACAUUCUUCGGUUGCGCGAUCAGGGCGGUCGGCACGUUUCCGCCGUGGUUUUGAUCAACAACGCCACCGAACUGCAACAGUUUAGCCAGGAGUCGCGCUGUCCCAAUCAGUUCAGUGGAUUUGUUGGCGGAGCUGCGGGAAUGGGUACAUGUGAUGCACAGCGAUCGGAAGCCAGCUGGAACCCUUGGGGGACGGGGUUGCUGUUGGAGGAUUUCCCAUUCCCAAUCUACUACGUAGCAGAUCCUGAUGAGAUCGAUAAACUUUACGAUUGCUUUGAGAAGUUUAACAACUACGAUUUGGACAAUCAGCACAAGCGAAGUCUUUGUAGCAUCGAGGUGCACGCAUUUAUGUCUGCUGCUGUGGAUACGAGAGUUUGCCUAACAAGAUCGACCGUUUUCAAUUCGUUGACGCCGGUCAAGUUUUGCGAUCCGCUUCAAGGAAAGAACGUCUUUGCAACCCUAUUCCCUCGGGUAUUGGUAAAGUCAGAGGAGCGAAAAGUGGAUCCAAGUGAGAGAAUAAUAUUGGUAUCCAGCCGCAUGGACACGACAACCAUGUUCGACGGAAUUGGAUUGGGAGCGAUGGAUUCGUUGGUGCCGUUUACGAUCUUGGUUUCGGUAGCGCACUUUUUGGCCAAGGUCCUACCAGAACGGGUAAAGUCCUCGGAUCCGAAUGUACUGUUUAUGUUCUUCAAUGGUGAAUCCUACGAUUACAUCGGUUCACAACGCUUUGUGUACGAUUUACAGAAGGGGGCGUUCCCAACGAAAGGAAGUCUGACAAAUCCCAUUUCUAUGGAUAACAUCGAUUUGAUGAUUGAUCUUGGAACGAUGGAUGAUCUAAACAAGCUUAGAAUUUAUAAUGCAUCGGAAUUAUCUGCUGCAGUUAAAAUUGUUCAGAUGAUUGAAAAAAUCAACUCUCGUUAUAAGUUCAAUAUUGGUCUAGAGAAGGCUAAUGUUACAGAGGGUCUGCCACCGGUGUCAUCCCAUUCGUUCCUGCGGGAAAAUGCCUCUUUUCCCACUGUCGUAUUUACAUCGAUACCGGGAAACCAUUACUACCAUUCCAUUUACGAUGAUACCGAGAAUCUCAAAUUUGUUUAUGGAAAUCAUUCAAGGGAUAACGAUUUUACUCAGCUGGAAGAUUUAGAUAAAGAGAACGUUUUGUUUAGCCAGGACUCUAUCCAACUAAAAUUAAGAAAUGUGUCAUCCUUGUUGGGCAUGGUCGUUUAUGAGCUGAUCACUGGGGCCAAGUACAAUCCCCGUUUUGGAACAAAUAGCGUGCUAAUCGAUGAAUUUUUGUACUGUUUCUUGCUAUCUGCCGAUUGUCCACUGUUUCACGCUGCAGCAAAGCCAGACUUUCCUAAAGCAUUCCCCGUGCCUCCGGUACGUUACAUAAGUGUCCAUUCUACCCUGCCGUCUGAGGCUUCCGGAUGGACGCACCGUCUGCUCGGAUUGUUGAUCGGACAGAAAGUGGACAAGAACACCAAAGCGGAAUGCCAGGCGCUGCAUCUGCCCUACAACUGGUACGCGGGCUACUCGGGCCUUGGUGAGUGCCGUUGGACGACACAGAACUUCACCCAGGCACUAUCGCCGGCUUUCCUUGACGAUGAGUACGACUUCAAAUCGCACCGUUAUUCGACCUGGACCGAGUCCACGUGGCGGGAGAUGUCCGCUCGGAUUUUCCUGCGACCCUCGGCCUCGCACGAAACGCUAACCCUGUCGAUUGGCUUCGUCGUGAUGGUGAUCUCGUUUGUGAUGGUGUUUCUGAUCAACAGCCGAUCGGAGGUGCUGUUCAAUCAGGGUUCGUCGACGAUACCGAUUACGCCUCCAACUCAGUGCUAAUGCCUCACAUAACGUCGACUGAUAUUUGAGAUGUGACUCAGUUUCCCGUCCUAUCCAUCUCAAACCAAAGUCCAUUCAUCGUUUUCAUCAAUUCCCCAAUCACGUCAUCUAAACAGCUAUAAUAGAAUUAGCAAAUUUGACUGCUUAUUAAUUUUUAUUCCGAAUAUCAGACCAUAGAUAGUUUGUUUAUGAUUGAAAUGUGCGAUAAAUUAUUGACAAAACCUCAUAAA